AUUUUCUGUGGAGUUGAAAGCAAAAUUGUUGGAUUUUUAAUUGAAAAAAGGCCGUCUGAGUCGAUUGGAUGAGCGCUACGAAUCGCGAAUCAACCGGAUGUCUUGACAGUAAAACUGUUGGAAUUUGCCUUCUUCUAAUUGUCAAUGUUUUAUGGGUCCUUUCAUCAGAACUCACGAGGUUUAUAUUCGUCGACGAAGAGUUCCGGAGGCCAUUCUUCACUGUAUAUGUAAAAUCAUGCACAUUAAUAAUUUAUAUGAUACGAUAUUUAUUCUUUGAAGCGAAAGAUGAUCAUAAUUCCUACAAAAUUCUAAUUACUGAAAAUAGCAUCGAUUCUGAAAAUUAUGAAAUCAGCUGUGAAUCGUUGGCGCUUGAAGGCUAUGAAUCAGUUACCGAUGUGGAUUCUGAUGUAGAAUCAGUGAUUGUAGACGGAGAGAAAAGGCAAAGAAAAAUACGAUUUGCGGAGAGAAGAGAGAUUCGUCGAAUGCCUGCAUCAAAUGCAGAAGAUCAACGAAAAGCUCGUCUACCAUAUCGUCACCCAACUAUCGAAUGUCAAUUGUAUUUAUCACGACAUGUCAAAUAUACUCUGUUCUUUUUUGCUCCAUUGUGGUUGCUCUGCUCGUUCACAUAUCAAGCAGCAUUGGCGUUCACGUCUGUCUCCAGUCUCAAUCUCGUUUCCAGUUCAUCGUCUGUCUUUGUUUUAGCCUUCGCCAUAUGCUUUCCUAGUACUAACAAUCGGUUUUCGGCGUAUAAGUGUCUCCUAGUGGCCAUCAACAUUGCCGGUGUUCUUAUCGUUUCUCAUUAUAUUCCAUCAUUUCUUGGAGCACUUUUUGCUCAGAUGUCUGCUCUUGCUUAUGCAGUUUAUCUUUUUGCAUUUGGCCAUUUUGAGGAAAAAUAUGGAAAACUGGAUAUUAAUUUGAUGUUUGGAGCAAUCGGAGUCAUCGCUUUGGUUCUUGGAACACCUACAUUAAAUUUGUUGGAUAGAUUUGGUGUAGAACCAUUACAUCCACUUCCAAAUGCUACACAGUUCUCGUCAAUUUUAUUUUCUGCGCUCAUUGGAACAAUUGUCGCUGAUUACCUUUGGCUUCUUGCCGCUGGAAUGUGUGAUUCUCUCACCACCUGCCUAUCAAUGACUGUAAGCAUUCCUCUGUCAUUCCUCGCCGAUACAGUGAUUCGAAGCAAAGCUCCAACACUGGCACAAGUUAUUGCAUCGAUUCCGAUCCUCGUGGCAUUCGUUGGCGCUGCAUAUGCACAAAAUCCGUCAACUUCAAUACGAAAAGGGCUUUCAAAACGAGUACGAAAAGUGGAAUCAUUAUCGCCGGACAAUGAACAUCUUAUGGAUAGUCUAUCGGACGAGUAGCAUCUCUCUUAGAAACAUUGUUUAAACUCUCUCAGAAUCUCUAUUUUCUCUUGUUCUACUGGUCGCUUUAUAGGCAUUCGAAGGUUGUGACACACUCCCCUCUGAUCAACUAGUCAUAUUUAAUUUUUUUUGCACUGUAUUAAAUUCGGGAAAAAUAAAUGUUUGAAGAAAUAUCGU